GAUGAAACCAAUCAUGCAGUUUCAAUUGAAAACAUUUUCAAUCAUAGUUAUGAUAGUUUUGUCCGGGUCUUUCAAAAAAUUGGAAUGUUGGGGCACCACAUUUUCAGAUGUCACAUACGAAGAAAUCAAUGCAUUAAAUGCAACAUGCGGUGGUUUAGACUCCUGUGAACUACCGAGAGAUCCCUAUUCUCUUGGACACUGCAGCUGUGACAGGUUCUGCAGUUUGUUGGGAACAUGCUGCAUAGACUCUAGAUAUAGAGACACAUAUCCUGAACCUUUAAAAAACGUCGAAUGUUUCUACAUCCAUUUUAGAAAAAUGCACCAUAAUAUACCUAUGAUAAGAAGUUGUGAUCCGGAUGUGGAAACUGAUGAAGCUACCGAGAAACUUUGCAAUAGCGAUGGUAGAGAAUCAAGUGAUCCCUUUUUGAGAAUACCCGUUACUGAUCCAAUAACUGGUAUUUCAUAUAAGAACUACUAUUGCUUUGCCUGCAACAAAAACUAUGGUGGAGAAGAGCCAAUACCAUGGGAUAUAGAACUAGUCACUAAAGCUGUACGAUUAGACGAUUCCUCAAUGCGAAAACUGCAAUACGACCGAAAAAGGCUGUUAUUUGUUCUUAAGGUUAAUAAUUCAACAUCUGUUCCAAGUCUGACUUAUGAUAAUACCCGUGAAACUUGGGUUAUGGAUCACAAUCAGGAGAAUGCAACCGAUGUCAGAUUGCAUGCAUCUCUUCCGGAAAAGUUGAAAAACGUUACACCUGUUUGUUACAGAAUGGUUAAAUCGAUUGUUUCGGAAUGUGCAUCGAAUUGGACAGAUGACACUGUGAAAAAGAAGUGUAUGGCUUAUAUGGCUGUGAUUUCCGUCCCGGAAAAAGAUAGCUUUCCUCCUACCUACAGACACUAUCAAAAUCCACAUUGCGCCCUUUGCAAUUAUGAGAGUAUGGAUGACCUGAGCUGUUACGUAAAUGAAUAUAGAAUCUUUUUUCUUCUGGAUCAUAAAAGAGUUUAUUUACUUAGAUUAUUUUCUCUCCAAGACAGAACAACAAAAACUUGUGCAGACUUUAUGGUGUAUGAUCAUUUUUCAAACAAGUGCAGAAGGUUAUACAGAUCAAAGAGGGGCACUUAAAUCAUAAAUACAGGAUGUUCUCCAACUACAGCAUUUAACCAUCACCUCCUAAAUCAGAAAGCCUCCACACGGCAUUUUAUAAGUAGUCUGCGCAGAUUUUUUAAAAAGUGAACCAAUUGUGUGCAUGAACCCAAAUUCUAUUUUAAAAUUAAUUGAGAGCAAUGUAUCAUAUAUAUUUGAGAAUUGAGUCUGUAGUGGUUGGCAAGUCAAUAAGACAAACCAAUCAUAUUGGCAAAUUAAAAUUUUUUUAUUCAAAUAUUCGCUACCACUUUUCAAUUUUAAUAGAUUUUUUUAUUAAAAGGCUCUUUCGUAAACUAGUUUAUCGUCAUAGUGGUUUAAUCAGACUACCAAUUAAAAACCGUUUAGAGGUUUGCAGACACGGGAGGCGUUGAUUUGAGCCAACGCCUUCUAUAAUUGAAAGGAAACAAGUUUAUUCUAUUGCUAAUUAAUGUGUUUUUAAACUUGAACGAUUGAAACAGCUUGAAUUGUUGUCCAAACUAUUCUAAUCACAUCUAUUAAAUAUAAAUAUCACGACGCAUUCUGAUUUUAAAUAUAUUUUAUAUCUUUACUUCCUGAAAUAAAAAUGUGAAAUCAGAAUAAAAAGUACUUGUUACUCUGUUUUCACUUACUUUCACUCAUGAA